AUGGUAACACUCGACGAGGUCCCAAAGGACCUCCUCCAGAACCCAUCCACCACCGACCACGAAGCCCUUGACCGCGUCCCCUCCACCUACAAGCCCCUCCACACCUUCAAGCUUAGCAAAGACCGCUCAUACCAGCAGCAAUAUGGCGACAUGUACUUCCUGCGCCUCGCGAAAAUUAAACCCGCCGUGGAGAGGGUAGCCGCCGCGGCUUGGGACGACCUCGAGAUCCACAGCGAGCGCGUGAAGAAGGUCGAUCGCGUGCUGGACGUACGGCAGGGCGAUCUGUGCUGGGUUGCAGGGACGGUGUACAUGGAUAUGUCUUUGAAGCCGAAUAUCUUAGAGGAUGUGUCCAACGAUCGCUGGCUUUCGGCCCCGGUUACUACGGAAAAGUACUACUCCGACGACGAUACCGACCAAAUAAUGCUAGAAGACGAGUCAGGACGCAUUCGACUGGUAGGGAAUAAGCUGAAAUCCGUACCCCUCGUGACGGGAUGCAUCAUCGCCGUCAUGGGAACCGAGACCGUUAACGGCGAGCUCGACGUGGCCGAUAUUAAAUUUCCCGAUCUUUCUCCCCAACCCGGCCGAUGGGCGCUCUGCAAACCUCCUACUUCCCGAGUAGAGGACGAAGAUGUCGAAAUGUCCGGCCAAGAGUCUCGAGUAAGGGGGGGCCCAAAAGUCGCUAUCGUAUCCGGACUGAACUUUUCCAGCCGCGACGCCUCAUAUGCCAUGGAAACCAACCUCUUGCUAGAAUUCCUCCUCGGCGAAGCCCUCGACCCUGCCGCCCAAAAGGAUAUCGCGCAAAUCUCACGGCUAAUCAUCGCCGGCAACUCCGUUGCCCCCGACCAGCGCGAAGACAAACCCGACAGGAGAGGAGCCCACAAAAAGUACGGCUACGAUGCUAGUUCCUACAAUUCCACGCCUUUCGAGCUCCUCGACUCCUUCCUCGCCGAGAUCCUCCCCUCUAUACCCGUCACUCUACUCCCCGGCACCAACGAUCCUUCCAACGCCGCGUAUCCCCAGCAGCCCGUGCACCCAGCCAUGUUCCCCAAGGCGAGGGCGUUCGUACCGGUUGAUACUGCUUCUGAACCUGGAUGGCUGGACUGCGUGACGAAUCCGUGGGAGGGUGAGGUUGAGGGGUGGCGCUUCUUGGGGACGGGUGGACAGAAUGUGGAUGACGUUUUUAAGUAUAUUGGCAGCGACGAUCGCUUGGGCAUGAUGGAGGGGAUGUUGAGGUGGAGAUGCGUCGCCCCUACUGCUCCAGACACUUUAUGGAGCUACCCGUUCCAGGACGAUGAUCCCUUCGUGCUCAAAAUGUGUCCCCACCUCUAUUUCGUCGGAUGUCAGCCAUCCUUUUCAACCAUGACCAUCGAUGGCCCGCAAGACCAGACCGUCCGCCUCGUUACCGUGCCUUCCUUCUCGGAAACUGGGGAGAUUGUCCUCGUCGACACGGAGACGCUGGAAGUCUCCGCCGUCCAGAUUGUCACGGUACCGAAGACCCCGGCGUAG